ACAGAAGGCAAGUGUGCUCCUUCCAGGCAGGGAAGGAUCCGUCUCUGCCACAGGUGGCGCAUUGCUUAGGACAUCAAAAGGCAUUCCAACCAAGAACUGGACCUCUACUAGAGUUGGACCUCUACAAGAGUUGGACCUCCAACACAGGCAGCUCCUGUUCCCACCACAAGCCAGCAGGCUGUAGGACUGAAUGAUACUCUCAAGCAGGUCUGUCAUUCCAAAAGGCACUACAUCACUUUUUGUCCUUCAGCCCUGCUGCCUUGGUGACUGGCUGUUGUGUUGCUUAGAUACCACAUUGUUGCUGUUGUCCUGGAGACCCUUGGACUGAUACCUCUGUUGCCCAGCAAUCCAAAGCCAGCUUCCCCUGUCCACCUGAGGAUGCCAGGAACCAUGCGAGUCCAAAGGCUAUCUAUGGUAGCCAUUUGGAUCCUGCUGCUGUGCCCUCGGGGUUCCCCGACAAGCUUUGGGCACCCUUUGCCUGUACCCCUCAAAGAGAACUACUCACCUCCCUCAAGGAGCAACACUCCGGUGGUGAUCAAAGACAAGCCUUCGCUACCUGCUCCUGCCAAAUCUUCUCAAGAAGACACAGAUUAUUAUGACGACUAUUUCACCAUGGAUCCACUGGAAACUCCCCGCUCUCCACAGACACCCCCUCCGCACUGUGACUACCACCACUGCCACCAUCUUCAAGUACCCUGCGCAGAGCUGCGAAGAGCCAGCGGGUGCUUGUGUCCGGGGAUCACAAGUCCUGACGUGGCCCCAGAAGCACCUCACCUGCAAACCAUCCACAUUAGCGAGGCUGGAGUCAGUUUGCAUUGGUGCGCACCAUCCUCUCCGGUAGAACAAUACCAUGUAACAUACCAGGUGGUUGGGGAGGCCUCGGCCUCCGGCCCAGCCCUCAACAGCACCUUCCGAUUGGCAACGAUAUCGGGGUUAUUACCCGACAAGCAAUAUUUGGUCUGCAUUGUCGCUUCCAACCAGGCCGGUCGUAGCCUCACAGACGAUGGACAGCGGGAGCACGGGCCCUGCCGUCUGAUCCGCACCCCUCCCCGUCAGAUGCCCUAUGUCUAUGUAGCUGUGGGGCUGGCCGCUGCCCUGAUCCUCGUGGUGAUCUCUGCCCUGGUCUGGCAUUUCUGCGUGCGCCGGAAGAAACAUGUGCUCCAUGGAUCCCGGGACAAUAUCUUGGAUGGUGAGCCAGGCCUGGGUGGCACCACAAACAGCACUUUCCGGAGUGAGGAACAAUUAUAACAAGGUCUCCACUCUGAAGUGGCAUGGACCAUGCAGACGUUUCUUAUAGGCAUGGGAAAAGAACACGCUCUUAAGGUUCUUGUCUUCAGACAUGGAGGUAUAAUCUGUCUGAGAUAUUGUGGGGC